AUGGCAAACCGUCGAAUGUUUAACAAUUCUCUGGGAGAACGCCCGGCUUUGCCACUCCAACUCCCCAUGUUCGUCCACUCACAGCUGCCACCGCUGGAGAAGCUCCACUUGUCUCCUUCCAAAGGCAGCGGCCUCGAGCCUCUACCCGGGCCCGUCCGAGAGCGCCUCUUCCCCGCGCAACUUGCCUGGAGGCCGCCGGUUCCGUCGGAUGAUUAUUCCGUUAGAACGUCGUGCAAAAAGGACAAAAUGCUGGUCCGGGUGCCCAAGAGUAUCCUGGGCGGCGGAGAAAUUGAUAAUCAACUCAAAUUAGGAACAUGUCAUGCGAAUAAAUCGUCAAAGAAUUAUGUUUAUUUUCUACAUGGACUCGAGCAGUGUGGGACUAAACGACAGCUGAUUAAUGGACAGAUGACUUAUUCAAACACGCUGCAGUACAACCCGGGAAUGCUCCAAGGACCCAUAAGAAGAACGGCACCCUUUUUAUUAACUGUCGCCUGCGUUUACACCAGGUAUCAAUAUUCCUACAAAAUUGGUUACCUUCCAAAGAUGCGCAUGCGCAACAUCUUUAAAGGAGUAAGGAGCAGAGCCAAUUUUAUUUUGACGCCACGAAAUGCUCAGUGGGGAAGACUCGGUCCGUCGGAUCGAUACGAGCUCGGUGAACCAAUGUACUUUGAGGCCGAGGGUCCGUCCAUGCCCAAAGACAUGAGGUUAUACGUCCACACCUGUUACGCCACACCGAAUAAGUCGCACACCUCCAUGCCUCAAUUUCCGGUCAUAAACAACUAUGGGUGCAUGAUUGAAAGCAAAUACAGUCACUCCAGAUUCAUCCCGCACAAAAACAACAUCGUGCGAUUCUCCGUGGAUGCUUUCUCCUUUCAAGGAAUGGCUGAUCAACAGCUUUACAUGCACUGCAGCAUGUCGGCAGAAAGUGACGUCCCAACUCCGACGGCAAAAUCCUGCAACUAUGACACAAAUAUGGGAAGGUGGGUGGAGUUGCAUGGCUGGGAUUGGGUGUGUGCCUGCUGCGACUCCACUUGUGGCUCUGCCGUUGCUUCUUUGACUGAAAUAAAGACCGGAAGAGGUUGGAAAGUGCAGCCCGGGGGGCAACGAUUCAAAACUCAGAAGAAGAAGAAAUUGUUCCUCCCCACUAAAACAACAACAACGGCAGUAUCCGUAUUGAAGGCCACCACGCAGCCCAGUCAAAGCACAACCACACCUCAGCCCGAUCUGAUCGUGGAUGCGGAUGAUACGACUGAAGUGAAGUGGCCAUUUAUAGGCAGAGGAGUGGAGUGGGAGGAGGAUGAGGAACAGCUGCAAGGCACUGUGGUUGUGGAGGAGGAGGUCCUGGAUGCUCAGCAGACCUUUCAAGAGGCUAUUGCGCAAACUGUCAAACUAUCCAACAUGCUAAUGCCCUCCACAUCGCCGAUGUCAACACAGAAGGGUAAGAUAGUGAACUGGGAAAGGGAGAAAAAGAUGAAUGCUUCUGCUGCCACGGAGCAGGAUAAAGAACUUCACAGAACUUUUGAAGAUAUCUUUAAGUUUGACUAUUAA